UUUGACCAACUGGUUUGCCUUCUUGGGUUUAAGGUUUUUGAGCGCCUAAACAAAACUACCGCCAUCGCUACACCCGCCACUCCGGCAGGCCUUCGACACAGAAACCUCUCUUUACGGUAGCGGGAUUUGCAUCGCUCCCGGACUUUGGAGUUCUCCAGGGUCAUCUCUCGCACUUCAUUCACCAAUGGCUUCAUCCAUCGCUUCGCAGUUGCAAGCUAUCAAAUCCUUUGUCCAGGCCGACUCAGAGCCGCUCAAAAGGCCUUUCACUCGACCUUCGAUUCUUUUUGACCCCAAAGAAGCAGCUGACAUUGAUGUCGAUACUAUAUUCGGCAUUGCCUUACAAGGGCUGGAGGUUCUUAUUAGCAUGGAUGAACGUUUCAGAAAUUAUAAGAACAAUUUAUUUAGCUAUAAAAGUAGAGAGCAGGAUAGAGAGUUGAUGGGUGAAGAGGAAAACAAACGUAUUAACGCUACAAUUAGUUCGUACCUGAGACUGAUUUCGGGGCACUUUCAACAACCUUCCUCACUUAAGACUUUAGAGUACUUGAUUCGCAGAUACAAGAUUCACGUGCAUAAUGUCGAGGACUUAGUUCUUUGUGCCUUGCCAUUCCACGACACUCAUGCUUUUGUUCGAUUAGCGCAGCUGCUUGUUUUGGGGAAUAGUAAAUGGAAAUUUCUGGAAGGUGUGAAAUUGUCGGGUGCCCCACCACCAAGGAAGGUUAUAGUGCAACAAUGUGUCCGUGAUCGUGGUGUUUUGGAAGUUUUAUGCAAUUAUGCUAUUCCAUCUAAGAACUUCCAUCCAGCGAGGCCAGUUGUCAAUUUCUGCACUGCAGUUGUUAUAGAAGUUUUGGGUACUCUUACAAGCAUUGAGCCCAAUGUGUUAAACAUUGUUCUUUUGUUUAUUAGAACUGGGCUUCAUCCUGGCACCAAGGGAAUUACUGAUCAGAAGGCUGGUGCUUUGAUGAUUGUUGGUUUGCUAGCCAACAAAGCCAUAUUGGUACCUAAGCUAGCUAAGAGUUUGAUUCGAUCCAUCUCUGAGAUUGCCAAUGAGGAUGCGAGGGAGUCAAGUGAUAUGCAAUCAGUUCGACUCUCACUUAUGGCUUUAAUCACCCUUGCUCAGUCCCAAUCAGUUGACAUGUUUCCAAGAAAGGUAUUGGAUAUCUUGAUGGGGAUUAGGGAUUUAGCUGGCAUUCUUUUGGAACUAUCCAGAGCUUUCAACAUCGAUAAAUUCCUCUCCAUCCUUAUGGAUUCCUUAGUUGAAUAUAGUUUCUCUAGUGACUUGUGUCAACGUGGUUUGAUCUCACUAAUUGAGACUAUUCCGAUGAUGCAUUUAAUGCAUAAUAUCAUUACCAAGGUUUUAGUGAGCUGCUCUAAAUUUUCCGAGAAGAGUAACACCCCAAGCUCUUCUAAUCCAGGUUCUUGGGCGAAGAAGUUUAUAAUUGUUGUCAAUAAAGUUUAUCCUUCAGAAUUUCAUUCAGCUGUUCAGAAGUUCUUUGAGGAUGCAAAAUUGCAACAUAAGAUUGGGGGCUCUGUAUAUGAGAUUGUGUGUAAUACUUUAGAUGGGAGUUGUGAUAUGUCGCUGCCUAUUUCAGAUUCAAAACUUUUGUUUGCUUUGCAUCAUCCUAAGGCUGAGGUUCGUCGUGCUGCUCUUUCGACUUUGAGCACGGCAGGAAAUUUGAAAGCUAAAACCGAUCAUUUAGAGAGUUUAGUGACUGUUCAAGAUGCCAUCUUGAAACUACUUCAGGAUGAUGACCUUACUGUUGUUCAGAAAGCUAUCACUCUUGAUGGAAUCUCUGACAUAUUGAGUUCAUCUGUUCUUCUCAAAGCAUUAAAGGACGUGCUUUUUAGAUGCAUUGGUGUUUUGAAGUCUGGUCUGUCAGCUAAUAGUAAUCUUGCUGCUGACAUAGCUUUUGAAUGCUUAAACAGCCUGAAAGAGUAUCUCUACGAUCACGUUGAUGAUCUGCAGAUGUUUUUUUCACUUACGUUUCCUUUACUCCUAGUUUUACCCAAGACUAAGAGAUUGAAUUUGAAGGCUUUGAAAUUGGCCAAGGAAAUAAAGUGGCCUUUUUACCAGAAUCUUGCUGGUGUCAACACCGAUAUGGCCUCGCAGCGUGGCAACAUUAGCUCAAUGAAUAUGGAUGUUGUUAAUAAUUUGGCGAAGUCAUUCUUGUUACAUCCAGAGGAAUAUACUCCUUGGCUGAUUGAGAGUUGCAAAGCUUGUGAUUCUUCCAGAGUACUCUUUCUCCUUGUCGUGCUGCAGUCAACUGUCAUGCAAAAAGACAGUAACACCCAAUUUUGGAGCUUCUUUGAAGUUAUUUUCCCUAUUUUGAAGAUUGAAUGGGACGUGUAUGAGUCUACUUAUGGUGCUUCUAUUGAUAAGUUCAAAACUGAAAUGUUAGAUUGGGACUGCAAAAGAUUCCUGGAUCAGUUAGUUAAAGAGGAUCACAAUGAAUUGAAUGCUGUUGCUCUUAUUUGCAUAUUUUGGAGACUGUUAGAUGCAUAUAUAUCGUCUGUGAAUGCAGAUAUGGUUCUGGAGAAGAAGGAAAAAUGGAUUUCCAUGUUCAGUGAUUUGUUUGUGUUGUUUGCAACCUCACGAUCUAAGCAUGUCUUCAAGGAACAUCUCCAUUACCUUGUCAGAAGCUUCAAGAUAUCUCCUGUUCAUUUGCUGUCUCGUUUUUUCACUGACGAAGGUGUUCCUGCUUCAGUGCAAGUUGAGAGUCUCCACUGUCUUUCUUAUCUUUGUUCUCAGUCAGAAGAAGGUUUGCGCGUUCAACUCUUCGCUGAAUUUCCUUCAAUACUCGUCCCACUAGCCAGUGAUGACAAGGAUACCAGGAUUGUGGCCAUGAACUGCAUUGAAGGGCUACUUUCAUUACUGGAUCAUGCGAACUUUUCUUGCAAGAAAAAUGGAAACAACGCAAUAUGGAAUCACUUUCUAGAUAAACUUCUGGGUCUGAUGGUUGAGCAAAAAAGACUCAUAUUAUCUGACAUAAACUUUCUCCCUUCCUUUCUAGCAUCUUUGCUUGGUUCAUCCUCAGACACCUUAAUAGUUCCUCAGAGACUUGAUCAGAGGUUUGAUAAAGCUACAAAAGAAAUGAUUCUGGCUUUCAUUUUGGGUUAUGCUUUACAGCUUUCUGAUUAUGGGAAGCUGAGAAUCCUUUCUCUGUUCAAAUCGAUGGGAAAUGCUAUUCUGCACGUUAAGGAAGUUGAGGCUCUGUUAUCUCUUCUUUUGGAGAGACGCAAUAGAUAUCAUCUUGAACUUGACAGGUCCAUUCAUAACUUGUCAUCAAUUGAAGUUUCCAUCUUAUGUCUUCUGCUUGAGUGUUGUGCUACACCAUCUUCUUUUGAUUGGCACAUUUCUGAAGGUUAUUUGUUGAAGGCAUUGCAAUUAAAUGGUAGCAGUCCAAGUGAAGAUGCAAUUGUACGUCCUUCUUUAGCUAUCUUGCAAAAGCUGGAUUAUCGAAUAUAUAGCAUGAUGGAGAAUGAAAUGCAGGAAUUGCUGUUUUCAAAACUUGUUUUGUUAUCUCAAGAUGCUGACAAUAAUGUUCAAACUGCCACCCGAGAAGCCUUGAUGCGUCUACAUAUUACUACCUCCACCAUCAGCCAGAUGCUGAGUUACAUGUUGAAAUGUGAAGGUUUUGUUGGCAGUUUGGUGGAUAGGAAGAAGAAAAAGAAAUCCCUCGAGUAUCAUGCAUCCAACUCGCCCUAUGAUAUGAUUUGUAGAAAAGAGAACACAUUCUCUUUUUUAAGCUCUGUUCUUGAUAUUUUGCUACUGAAGAAGGACAUGGCUAACAGGCAAUCCCUUAUAGGCCAAUUAUUUAUGCUGCUUGGAAAAGUAUUUUCUAAGGAUUGGGGCAAUGCUGCUCUUGCACUUGAUGAGCAGUCAAACCAUGCAGUAUCUAGCGUUUCUCAGGGCAUAUCUGAUGCAAUAGGCUACAUAAGGCAGACAAUCUUAAUAGUUCUUGAAGAUAUCUGUUCAUCAGUUGCAACUACUACCCCACAAGAGAUUCAGUGGAGAAAAGACAUCGAUAUCAAAUUGUUGAUUGAUUGUACUCAUUUAUCAAAGGAUGGAGUUACCCGUAACCAUGUGUAUUCGUUAAUUUCCUCUGUGGCAAAAUCUAUCCCAGAAAAAGUUGUGGAGAAUAUGCUGGAUAUUCUUACUCUCAUUGGCGAAUCUGCUGUCAGACAGGUUGAUAGCCAUUCAGAGCGUGUACUUGAGGAUCUCAUUGCUGCUGUUGUUCCAUGUUGGCUGUCGAAAACUGAGAACAUGGAUAAAUUGCUUGAGACUUUCAUUAGCAUACUGCCUGAGAUUGCUGAAGAUAGAAUGUUAAAAAUAUUCCAUUACUUGUUAAGGAUUGUUGGGGAAUGGAAGGGCUUGGCUUCGUUGCUUUUGCAUCUCUUUAAGUCACUGGUUUCGAAGUUACCUUCCUCUGAAGAUUUGCAUGGUCUGGAUGGUUUCAUGUCUUUUGUACACAGAGAACAGGAGUAUGUGUUUGCAUUGCAUAUUUGUGAAAAGUAUUCAUGCUCGACUUGGCUUCGUGCUCUUGCUACAAUGUUUAAACACAUGGGUCUGGACGACUUUUGUGUGGAAUCACUAAAGCAGUUGUUUCUGGCAACAAACUUUUGUCUAGACAAAUUGCAAGGUCCAGAAUUUGCUUUCAGAUUAGCAUCACAAGAAAACUCGGAUGACAUACAGAGCAUUCUUGGAGAACUACUGGAGCAGGUUGUUUAUCAAGUUCAACUUGUUGAUACAAGAAGCCAGGAAAUUGGUAUUCCGGUGGCAAUCAGGAAGGAAAUAAGAGAGAAUAUGCACGCUAUUUUGAGGAGUAUCACUAGGGUUAUGAGUCCUUCAGCCUUCUUCAGAAGUACCAUGAAUUUGCUUGGCCAUAAUAAUAGAAAUGUUGGGAAAAAGGCUCUCAGUCUUCUAUGUGAAACAGUUAAAGAACACAGCGGGAUAAAGUCAAAGAAGAGGACCAAGAAAGAGAAAAUUUCUGGAAGUCCCUGGCUUCACAUGGAUGAUAGCUUUCUCAAAUUAUUUGACAGUAUAUCUUUGAGAAUUGUUCACUUAAUUGAUGAUUCUACUAAUGCUUCUGAUAGUUCUCUCAAAGUAGCCGCAGUUUCAGCUAUAGAAAUUCUGGCCAGUGCAUUUCCUUCUUACCAUUCAACUAUCAGUGUUUGGCUAGCGUCAAUUGGAAAAUAUAUUACCUCAAACAACUUAACUCUCUCUUCUAGCUGCCUUCGAACAUGCGGCACACUGAUUAAUGUACUGGGGCCAAGAUCAUUGAGUGAGCUGCCCAAUAUAAUGGGAAAGGUAAUAAAUGUGUCUCGAAGUUGUGUCGUUGAGAAUACAAGAGGCAGUUCUGAAAUAUCAGUUCAAUCAUCAGACUUGAGGGAUUCUGUUAUGCUUUCUGUUGCUAUAACUUUGGAGGCUGUUGUAGAGAAACUUGGUGGAUUUCUAAAUCCUUAUCUUGGAGAUAUGUUAGAACUUUUAGUGCUUCAUCCUAACUUAGUAUGGGGAGCAGAUUCAAAGCUGAAGUUGAAAGCUGACUUUAUACGGAACCUUCUGACAGAGAAAAUUCAUGUUCGUCUUGUGUUGCCACCUUUGUUGAAAUUUUUUACUCGUGCUGUUGAAUCUGGAGAUUCAAGCUUGAUCAUCACCUUCAACUUGCUAGCAAAUAUUGUUGGAAAAAUGGAUAGGUCUUCAGUUACUGCUUACCACACACAGAUUUUUGACCUGUGCUUGUGUGCCCUUGAUUUACGCCGCCAGCAACCUGUUUCUGUCACAAGCAUUGACGCUGUAGAAAAUAGUGUCAUGAGUGCAUUGAGUUUACUGACACUUAAGCUUACUGAAAGCAUGUUUAAACCUUUAUUCAUAAGAAGUAUUGAGUGGGCAGAUUCAGAUUUAGAAGAUGCUGCAGGUGCUGGAAGCAAAAGUGUUGACAGGGCCAUAUCUUUCUAUGGCCUAGUAAACAAACUUGCUGAGAAACAUAGGUCACUUUUCGUCCCCUACUUCAAGUACUUGCUAGAUGGAUGUGUCCAUCACCUUACAAAUUCUGGAGAUGCAAAGUAUACUGGUUCAAUACCGAAAAGGAAGAAAGCUAAGGUGCACGUGAGCGGCGAUAGUAAAGAGGAAACUGCAGUGGUAUCUCUUAAAAGCUGGCAUAUAAGAGCAUUGGUCUUGUCAUCAUUGCAUAAGUGCUUUCUCUAUGACACUGGGAGCUUGAAAUUCCUUGACUCCUCAAAUUUUCAGGUUCUACUCAAGCCCAUAGUUUCACAGAUGGCAUCUGAGCCACCAGAAAUGCUUGACGAGAACAUUAAUGUUCCGUCUGUAAACGAGGUUGAUGACGUUCUGGUGAACUGCAUUGGUCAAAUGGCCGUGGCUACUGGGAGCGAUUCGUUAUGGAAACACUUAAACCACGAGGUAUUGAUGCAAACCAGGAGUGACAAGGUUCGUACUCGAAUUCUGGGUCUAAGAAUCGUCAAAUAUCUCGUUGAGAAUUUGAAAGAAGAAUAUUUAGUCCUUCUACCUGAGACCAUCCCCUUCCUCGGCGAGCUGCUUGAAGAUGUGGAGCUCUCUGUUAAAUCUCUUGCACAAGAUAUUCUCAAAGAAAUGGAGUCUAUGAGUGGUGAAAGUCUUCGGCAGUACCUAUAAUUCUCUGUUCACUUGGGAGUUCAAUGCUUCAACUGAAGAGUAAUUGUUGGAAGAUGAGGUAAUGUUUUAAUCAAUUCUUGGCUUUUGAUAGUGUUUAAACUGGCUUAGAAACAUAGAAAAAAGCAUUAAUUUGUGAGGGCAAGUUUUGUAUAAUUGCCUACAAUGGAUUAGUCUUAAUCUUUUUCGAGUUGUGUAAUAUAAUCGGGUGUAUAUCACUACAUCAUAAGUUGAUAGCGAUUUGGGGUCUGCUAAAAAUAACGUUUGUUUUUUUUGCGUUGUUGAUGAUUUUGGCAGUAAUGAAAAUUAUAUUUCGAGUUGCCCAGUUUUU